CUUGCUUCAACAGUGCUUGAACGGAGCCUCUGCACCCCGAGAUCACCGGGCACCCCGGAGCCUCUGCACCCCGAGAUCACCGGGCACCCCCGAGCCUCUGCACCCCGAGAUCACCCAGCACCAUGAGCUCCCAGAUCCGCCAGAACUACGACCCCGAGAGCGAAGCCGGCACCAACCGCCUGGUGAACCAGCUGCUGCGAGCCAGCUACAGCUACCAGUCCGUGGGCUAUUUCUUCGACCGGGACGAUGUGGCGCUGGCCCAUUUCUCCGAGUUCUUCCGGCACCUGUCGGGCGAGAAGCGGGAACAGGCCGAGCGGCUGCUGAGCUUCCAGAACCGCCGGGGGGGCCGCAUCCUCCUGCAGCCCAUCCAGAAACCGGAGCAGGACGAGUGGGGGAACGGGGCGGCCGCCAUGGACUUCGCCCUGAAGCUGGAGAAAACCGUCAACCAGGCGCUGCUGGACCUGCACAAGGUGGCCACGAGCCACGCGGACCCCCAUAUGUGUGAUUUCCUGGAGACCCACUACCUGGACGAGGAGGUGAAGCUCCUCAAGAAACUGGGCGACCACGUGACCAACCUGCGGCGCGUGGGGGCGCCCGAGGCAGGGCUGGGCGAGUAUCUCUUCGACCGGCUCACCCUGAGCGACAGCAGCUGAGCCCCCAGCUGCCCGCGGCGCCGGCCCCUUAAAUCCUGCUGCCCAGCUGGGCCGGAGCCCCCCCCCGCCUGCCGAUCACGGGGUGACCUGCCCCCUCCACCGUCUGUAACUGGCAUUGAAUAAAGGCUUGGCAUUGGCA